AUGGGCCGAACUGUCGACCAAGAGGUACACGCUGCGUUCGUGGAGUUUCGCGCCAAGGAAGAUGACAAGUGUCUAUCCGUGCAGUGUAUCUACUGUCAGCAGAUUCGCGCAAAGAACACUUCGCGUCAGAAGCAACAUCUUCUCGAAUGUCCCGGCCUUCGAGGUCACCCUAAUGCCGCGCAACCGUCGCAGCCUGCCCAGGCCCCCAAUGGCCUCCCGUCAACAAAUGGCUACCCGGGCACGCCCAGCGGCCCUACGAGUGCUGCGCCGCCUACAGGUCCUCCUAUGCCAACACCAAAUGGAAGUUUGAUGUCGAACGGGGUAAACCCCCAUGGGACUCCAUUGGGGACCCCGCUGCAGACUCUGAACCGUCCUCCAAUGGCCACCCCGGGGCCUCCCACUGUCGCGCCCCCAGGCUCCGCACCACCUUCUGCCGCGCCCUCACGCCCUACCCCCAAACCCAAGCCCAAGUCUUCAAGCACAUCGAACCUGCCCGCGCCGCCACUCGACGACGUGCACGCCGCGUUCGUGGAGUUCCGCGCAAAGGAAGAGGACAAGUGUCUUUCAGUCCAGUGCAUUUACUGCCAGCAGGUCCGAGCUAAGAAUACCAGCCGGCAACGCCAGCAUCUCCUCGAGUGCCCCACGUACCUCAGUGUCAUGAAAGAUUCCAUUCCUGCGAACAACCUUCUCCACACAUUCCCCGAGGGCGAUGUCGCACGAUCACUCCAGAUUCCUGCUCCGACUCUGGAACUCGAUUUUCGCAUGAGCAUCAAAAUGAACCCCAAGGUUUCCCCCGGUGGCCAAGAUACCCAAAUUGUCACGAAGGACUCAACAACCAAUCUGCACGCCAACUACCUGCUCCAAACCGCCGAAGAACCUCCUGCGUUCAUUAUGAUCAAAGCCGACGGAUGGCUUACCGGGGCCAAGGAUGUUCUCGACAAGGUCAACGACUCCAGCAUGGCCGAUGGCAUUAACCCGGGCAGCUACAAGUAUCGCAUUAACCUCUCCAUGGAGACGGGCGAUGAGCGAUAUACUUUCCUUAACACCCUGAUGUGGAUCGGAAGUGGUUGCCGACGGGGCCAAGAAGUCAUCUUCGACGCGUUCCGUGUCAACUGA